AUGUCCUCUUCAACUAGUAGUAGUGGUAGCAUCAGCAAUACCACGAAUAACUUUUCAAUGGCAGAAAAUUAUUUACACUUCCUUACAUCGGUCAAUCCUACGGACUAUAUUUGCACCUCGGAACGUGCUUCUCAAAUUGUAAAAUUAUUUUCGGAACACUAUUUACCACUUCCCUUCUCGUCAAAUGAAGACAAGUCUGAUCUUACAGAAGAAACGACUCUAGUUUUGCUUGUUCCAUAUUUUAUUGGCUUGGCAACAUUACAAAUCAGGCAAGAACGAAAUCCAAAUCAACCCUUUGAUAUGGAAGCACAUAAAAAGGUUAGAACUGUACAAUUAAAACAAGCCAAACAGCAAUUUAUAUCCUUUUUAAAUUUAGUAGUACAAUAUGAGCAAGUGAAUGAUGAAUAUUUAUCUUGGGUUCUUCCAUUCACCAUGCAAGAUGAUGAAGAGGAAGAGUUGCAACAAGUCAAGAAAAAACAAGAUGAAUUUCAAAAAUUAAUGAGCGAUAGAAACCAAAUGAUUUUGAGAAUGAAAUCAAAAACCUUCCUAGAAAAUAAUUUAUUUUCAAAUUGUGAAUCAUUGUCAGAUAUGGAAAUUUCAAAUUUAUUGAAUGAUCGAACAACAGAAGAAUCGACCACUGAGCUUAGCAAUGACCACAAGCUAAAAGUUUCUGAUAAAAUCAAAAAAAGAAUGUUACCUAUCAGAGAAUACAUUCAAUUUUGCGUAUUGGAUACUAUUGAACAGCUUUCAUCCAUCAACAGAGAAGAACAAAUGUUAGCAGCAGCUGCGUCACAGGCUCAACAACAACCUACCAGAGGCUCAAAUACAGGAAUGAGACCAUCACAACAAGGCAGCGGUAGUGGAAUUGCACACCUUAAAGCAACCUCUAUCAAUGAUAUUUUAUCUAAUAGGUCUCAACUUUCACAAAUGGGUUACAAUAUGGUGUUAUUACCCAGUGCUUCUGGAUCCCAGAAGCAACCCAAGCAAGGAUAUAACAAUUAUUUGCCACGUUCAACCGUUGGGUCACAAGGUGUGGCGAGCUCUGCAUUCGGCUCAUACAAUACCAAUAGAACGGUCCGAGAGAACAUGAAGGAUAAAGUAUUCGGUAGCUAUGUUCCUCCUCCAACCAUGUCCAUUGAAGAAUUUGCCAGAAUUGAAAUGGAAGAGCUUCAUCAAAGACACGAACGUGAAAAACAACAGGCUCAACAACAGAAAAAGAAGGAAGAGGACGAAACAGAAGAAGAGGAUGAAGAGGAGCUCAAGAAAAAAAGAGCAUGGGAUGACUGGAAAGAUGAUAAUGUAAAAGGUUCUGGCAAUUUAAGAGAUUAA